AUGGUCGGCAAUGUGUAUGUGAAAUUUAUGCGAGAAGAAGAUGCAGACAAGGCAUGCCGUGACCUUAAUGACAAUCGCUGGUUCAAUGGAGCUCCAAUCUACGCGGAGUUAUGUCCAGUAACAGACUUUCGGGAGUCUCGUUGCCGUCAACAUGAAGUGAUCACCUGCUCCAAGGGAGGAUUCUGCAAUUUCAUGCACCUGAAAGCCGUCAGUCCUGCCCUUGGAGAAAAAUUGUUCGGAAGACGUGGCCGAAGAGCCGACUCAGCGGGUCACUACCCAUCCCUUCGCGGAAUCCCACCAAGCGGAGGACGUGAUCGAGAUCGUCAUGAAAGGGAACGGCGACGAGAUAGAUCCCCUCAUAGAGAGAGAAGACGCAGUCGUGAUCGAGAUCGCAGACGCUAUUAA